UGAUGGAUACAGUAUUAUGAAGCCUGGAAACCCUUGUCACGGCAUCGUGUGGGAAGACACUGCUUUGUAUGAUUUUGUAAUUAGCGAUAAGGUACCAAAACUAAGAAAUGUAAGCAGAGAUGAUUUCGGCAUUAAUCAUUCUAUUUGCACCAUGCGCUGCUCUUGUACUAAGCCAGCGCUACGAUCCUCAGUGCCCAGUAAGGGAGCACCCAAUUGGAUGUCAGUUCAUGGGGCGUCUACUUCUGCCCGGCACAAGUCAACUUUGGCGUCUACCUUGCCUAAAAGUAUCGUGCCGAGUAGAUGGAUCUGUUACCAGCAGAGGGUGCCCAAGCACGCCCGGAAGGAACCCUCAUCCCGGAGCUGCUCCCGGACCAGGAGUUUGGCCCCUCUGCUGUGACACAUGCAGCUGAGCUCAGCCAAUAAAAUAAAGAAAAUAAAGACGAAUGUUGAGCCGUGC